UGCAGCCCGCGGAGUUCAGCAGGACUGUCAAUGGCAGGAUACCAGCUCUGGUCACCAUGGACCCCACUGGACGAGAGCUUCCAAUGGCUGCGGCACACAACACCUACACCUUCCUCCAAGCACCCCUUUAGGGCCUCCCCCUGCUUCCCACACACCCCUUCUGACCUUGAAGUACAGCUGUGCUUUCAAGAGGUCACUCUAGUCCUAGACAGCUCAUUCCUGGAAACUGGAGUGAGUCCCAAGUUACCAUGCCAUACGUCAGAGCUCCAAACCAUGAACAACAAGAAAGAACUGGUCAGGAAGCCCCAGCCCGUUCGCCUCAGUGGAGUGGAUUCUGUCUUUGGCAGGGUCAUCACAGCUCAGCCACCAAAGUGGACCGGGACCUUCAGAGUUUCAGACAAGUCAGCCUUUUGCAAAAUCAUUAGCAGGGAGCAUCAGUGGCCCACUGGACUUAAGGAGCCUCAGAUUCAGAUGACAGUGACUAUGUGCAAACAGAUGCUGCGCUCUAUCCUCUUGCUAUAUGCAACGUACAAGAAGUGCACCUUUGCCUUGCAACACUCCAAGUAAAGGGUCUCCAUUUGAUUCCCAGUUCUUCACACCGUACUCUUUGGUAUAUGUACCUGAAGCUUACAGAAACCUGCCUACAUAAACAAAACUGUGACACUGCCCCAGC